CGGAACUCGAAACAUCAAUGGUAUCAAUGGGGUCCGCAGCCAAGUGAAUGGGAGAUCAACAGGCCGUUGAGGAGCUUUGGGAUGAUUGGGAUGAUGCGGAUUUUGAUGACCAGGAUGGUGAGCAACUUCCCUGCACCUUGAACUACGCCUUUGUGUGCGUGUGUCUACCUGCAUUGAAUGGCGCUCUCAAUGCUUUCGUUUGGCCAGCGUACACUUUGCACUUCGACCAGCAGGGUUGGUCCCUGGUCACAGCUGGUUUGGCAGUGACCAUUGGUUUCAUUUUGCGCAUGACCACGCAGCAAAUGCAGCUCUACACUGGCUAUUGGCUCAUCGUCCCUUUGAAUGUCAUCCACUUAGCUUUUGCAGUCAUAGGCAUGCUUUACCCGACCACCGAGUGGGCCGUUUGCGCUCAGAUUGUCGCAGUGCAGGGUAUCGACCCAACGUGUGCUGUGGAAGGCAUAGCUUUUGAUACCUUUGGUCAAUCAGAAAUCCAGGCCAGACAGGCCUCAUCGACGGUGCUGUCAGUCUUCACCAUUGCGGUUGCACUCAGUUGUACGCUGGGUGGAUUCAUUUUCGACUUCGCGGGGUGGUUUGGUAUUUCAAUCUACCACAGCGUUUGUGAAGGCACGCUUCUGCUGAUUUUGAUCAUUCAGCCAGCGUGCAGAAACUCCUUCCGGGAAGUCUUUUUCUCACCGAAGGAUGAAGUCUUGGAUGAAACUGAAGGGUUAGAUGCAGAGAAAGGCUUUGCCACUGUGGUCCCAGCACCAAAAGAAACCACAAAGGAAACCACCAAGGAAACUACCAAGGCAGCCACAAAGGAAGUCAAUGAAGCCCCUUCAUUGCCCGGUGCUGUUGACGAGCCUGAAGCAGUUGAAGAACCCAGUGCUGCGGCGCCGCCAGCGGAUAGCCUUCAGGUCGAGGACAUCAAGGACGAAAAGGAUGAGAAAACGAUCGAACCCGUGGGUGCAGCUUUGGCCCGAAGCAGCGCGGCAGCGCCAACGAGCGAGAAAAACCAUACACCAACGUCCGCCCGCACCUCGGAGGGCCCGCCGCGCAGCUCGCAGGCGCUACGCGGCAGCCAGGCGUGCCAGGCGCGCCAGGCGCGCGCCAGCGGCCGCGUCAGUGGCUUCGUGCCGCGCAUCACAACGAAGUCCACAGGAACGGAUGGAGAGGCGGUACCUCGAUUGACCAUGCGUAGCAGGCACACCAUGCGCACGGCGCUGACGGCGUUCUCCAGUUUGACGAACCUGAGCCGUGCCGGGCACGACUUCCAGCACCACUUGGGGACCAGCAUGGCGUUGCAGCCCCAGAUCCUUGGAGCCACCGGACAAAGCGCAGUGAUGCGAGAUGAGGUUCUUGCUCUUGACGAGCAGGGGGUGGCGGUUGAAAUUGAAGCUCCAAGCACAGGAAAGAUUCCCAAGGAUGUCAGAUUACCGGCCUUCUUGAUCGUGCUGAAUUGCUUUCUCAACACGGGCUCCUACGUCAUCGAGUUUGCCACGUUUGCCAUCUACUUCAAGCAGGUCCACAAUUGGACCGACGCAAGUCUUGCCAGUAUGGCCCAGACAGCUGGCGACGUCAUGGCCGCGAUUUCAAUGCAGGUGAUCCCUGUUUUCUUCAACACAGACUAUGAUCCAGAUGAUCUGGGCACUUGCAAGCGACGCUUGCACUACUUCUUCAGUAAACCCUACAACCUUAGCUUCAUCAUAUUGACUUGGAUCAUUUGGAACCUUGGGAUGAUGAGUCCAUGGUUGCCAGUGGCCAUAGUCUCGCAAGUCUUCAUGGGCACCAGCUAUGUUUACGGCUCCAAGUGGGCAACAGAGAUGAACCUGUACUAUUCCCUGGGCGAUUCCAAGCUCUUCCUAACCUUCCAGGUCUAUUGCCGCACGGCGGAAUCCUUCGGCGGGGUCCUGGGUGGCCUGUUGGGCACCUGGCUUUUUACCUUGGACCCGGCAGCACCCUUCGCCUUUUCCACUGCCUUGGCAUGUAUUGUCUUCGUGCUGUAUACUGUUGGGUUUUGCAUACGUCUGGGCUUUGGCGAUGACAUUGAAUUGGCGGAAGAGAAGCGAUCGCGUCGCAGGGGAAUCAAACGCGUGAGCAGCUGGAGAAAAUCCGAGAUCAACGCGAAUCGAAAAUCGAUGGACUCAGAAGCCGCAUGAUGCAGCUGGGACGGGCCCAACAAAACGUUGCUUUGUUCCAAUGUCCGCUUCAGCAACUACGGAUCAGCAACUACGCUUCAGCAACCACGACUCAGCAACCACGGCUCAGCAACCACGGCUCAGCAAC